GCAACCAGCGUGGCUCCCACCAUGGCUGAAGAAGAGGAAACUGCUGCUCCCACGGAGAAAGUUAUCCGGAUCCAGAGGGUGUUUAUAAACCUGCUGGACUCCUACAGCAGCGGAAACAUCGGGAAGUUUCUAUCUAACUGUGUGGUUGGGGCUUCACUUGAAGAAAUUACAGAGGAAGAGGAAGAGGAAGAUGAAAAUAAGUCGAGUACGCUGGAAGCUUCCUCAACCAAAGUGAAGGAAGGCACAUUCCAGAUUGUGGGCACGCUGUCCAAGCCUGCCAGCCCGCGGCCUGACUUUGCAGUGGAGGCAUACUCUGCCAUCUCCCGAGAAGACCUUCUCAUGCGCCUGCUGGAGUGCGACGUUAUUAUUUAUAACAUCACUGAGAGCUCACAGCAAGUGGAGGAAGCCAUCUGGGCAGUCUCUGCACUCAGUGAAGAAGUCAGCCACUUUGAAAAGCGAAAGAUAUUUAUUUUACUAUCCACAGUGAUGACUUGGGCGCGAUCCAAAGCCCUGGACCCCGAGGAUUCUGAGGUUCCAUUCACUGAAGAAGAUUAUCGAAGAAGAAAGUCUCAUCCUAAUUUUCUGGACCACAUAAAUGCUGAAAAAAUGGUUCUCAAAUUUGGAAGAAAGAACAGAAAAUUUGCAACUUAUGUAGUUGCUGCUGGACUCCAGUAUGGAGCAGAAGGAGGCAUGUUACACACAUUCUUUAAGAUGGCUUGGUUGGGUGAGAUUCCUGCAUUACCAGUUUUUGGCGAUGGAACAAAUGUAAUUCCAACAAUCCACGUUCUUGAUCUAGCAGGAGUGAUACAAAACGUCAUAGAUCACACGCCAAAGCCUCACUACCUGGUUGCUGUGGAUGAAUCUGUUCAUACCCUGGAAGAUAUAGUCAAGUGUAUCAGUAAAAAUACUGGCCCUGGGAAAAUCCAGAAAAUACCCAGAGAAAAUGCAUACCUAACCAAGGACUUAACGCAAGAUUGUCUUGACCACUUACUGGUCAACUUAAGAAUGGAAGCGCUCUUUGUGAAGGAGAAUUUUAAUAUCCGGUGGGCAGCCCAAACAGGAUUUGUGGAAAAUAUCAACAGUAUCCUCAAAGAGUACAAGCAAAGCAGAGGAUUAAUGCCAGUCAAGAUCUGCAUUCUCGGUCCCCCUGCUGUGGGAAAAUCCAGUAUUGCUGAAGAAUUGGCCAAGUACUACAAACUACAUCACAUCCAGCUGAAGGAUGUUAUUUCUGAAGCCAUAGCAAAACUGGAGACGAUUGUUGCCCCUAAGGAUAUAGGGGAAGGAGAAGAAGAAGUCGAAGAGGAAGAGGAGGAGGAGAAUGUGGAAGAUGCACAGGAGCUCCUAGAUGGCAUCAAGGAGAGCAUGGAGCAGAACGCAGGUCAACUAGACGAUCAAUAUAUAAUUAGAUUUAUGAAAGAAAAGCUAAAAUCAAUGCCUUGCAGGAAUCAAGGUUACAUUUUGGAUGGAUUCCCAAAGACCUAUGAUCAAGCAAAAGACCUGUUCAAUCAAUUUGUUUGUGCACUGGAUGCUUCGGAUGAGUUUCUGAAGGAGCGUGUGAUAAACCUUCCCGAGAGGAUCGUGGCCGGGACCCACUAUAGCCAAGACCGAUUCCUCCGGGCUCUGAGCAACUACCGGGACAUCAAUAUCGAAGAUGAGACUGUCUUCAACUAUUUUGAUGAAAUUGAAAUUCACCCGAUACAUAUUGAUGUAGGAAAACUUGAAGAUGCUCAGAAUAGACUUGCUAUCAAACAGCUCAUCAAAGAGAUUGGGGAGCCUCGAAAUUAUGGUUUAACAGACGAAGAAAAGGCAGAAGAGGAGCGGAAGGCUGCAGAGGAGCGGCUGGCCAGGGAGGCUGCUGAGGAAGCAGAAGGCGAGCACCAGGAGGCCGUGGAGAUGGCAGAGAAGAUAGCUCGCUGGGAGGAGUGGAAUAAACGACUAGAGGAAGUGAAAAGAGAAGAAAGAGAAUUACUGGAGGCUCAAUCAAUUCCCCUGAGAAACUAUUUAAUGACCUACGUGAUGCCAACUCUUAUUCAGGGCCUGAAUGAAUGUUGCAACGUCCGACCCGAAGACCCUGUUGAUUUUCUGGCUGGAAUGCAAUGGCACAAUCUCGGCUCACUGCAACCACCACCUCCUGGGUUCAAGCGAUUCUCCUGCCUUAUCCUCCCGAGAAGCUGGGAUUACAGGCGCCCACCACCACACCCAGCUAAUUUUUUGUAUUUUAGUAGAGAUGGGGUUUCACCAUGUUGGCCAGGCUGUUUUCGAACUUCUGACCUCAAGUGAUCCACCGGCCUUGGCCUCCCAAAGUGCUGGGAUUAUAGGCAUGAGCCCGGCCCUGGAUGAUUUUUAAAUUGUUACUAAUACAAAUACAUGACUAAUAAAAACUUGCAAAUUGCUGACUUGUCUUUUUUUCAAUUGUAGGCAGAAUAUCUCUUCAAGAACAAUCCUGAAGCGCAGUGAAACUUUAAAGAUCUAGUAUUAUCUACCUUUACAGAACCACAGAUCACUUAUUGUACUUUGAAAAACUGCUUUGAAAAAUGCUUUUCCAGUUGUUAGAAAAUUCUUUUUUUGUAGACGAAUAUUCUAUAAACUAGAAUCCCUAUUAAAAGCUAUAUGACACGAAUGACUACGUCAUUAAAACUGUAUUUGAAAUGUAAACUGAUAAAGACAUUUGUGCAUAGCUCAUGAGACAAAUACCGAUUGAACAUUUUAUUCGUUAGUCAGGUCUAAAUAUACCACUCUGUACACUAAUGUUUAUAGGUAUUUAUAGCAUGAAGAAAAUCAGACUAUAUAUUGUAGACUAUAUAUUAUUCUAACAUGUAGGCUAAUUUACAUGACUUGUUAUUGCCCCAGUAACAAUGUUAUUAGAAAUGGAAAUAAACUGAAGUGGUUUAUGCCUGUUGACUCACAGUCAAUCAGACAAGAUUGGUGUCUGUAAGGUUGCUUUUUUUUUUUUUUUGAUGAAGCAAUGGCUAGGGAAAGGUGGCUUUGAGUUCAGGGUCAGGAUCUCAGACAAUGAAUCAGAGAAAACUGUAAACCUUUAGGCAGAGAAAUUUGCGUAACAGGAUAAUUCCAGUCUUUGUGAUACGAAGUUGCUAAAUAUUUUCAACACACUUUAUAACACAGGCAUAAGUUAUCAAUCCUAUGGUCUUUUCCAGUUCUAAAAAUCCCAUAAGAUUCCUAGAAUUACCCUAAAUGAGAAACUAGGUUUAAGCAUAUGUAUUUUAUCCCUUUAAAUAAUGUAACCUAAUAUAACUGAUUUUUUAUUUGUGGUAAAAUACAUGUAACAUAAAAUUGACCACUGUCACCAUUUUAAAGCAUAUAAUUCAGUGGCACUAAGUUCAUUCACAAUGAUCUGCAGCUACCACUAUCUAGUCCAGAACUUUCUCAUCACCCCAAAUGGAAACCCAGCACCUAUUAGGCAGUCACACUCCAUUAUUCCCUCCCCCGAGUUCCAGGCAACCACGAAUCCACUUUCUGUCUCUAUGGAUUUACCUAUUAUAAAUAAAACCAUACAAUGGGUGGUC